GAGAUUUUUAACACUUUAUUUACACAGCUAUAUGAUUAGACAGGGAUUCAUUUCGUAACCUCAAAAUGUCAUCCCCGAGUAAAGAUGAUGCGAUGUCGCCAUCAGAGGAGGCUAAAACUGAAAGUAGUGAGGCUGUACGCGAGAGACUUCAGGGACAACAAAAAGACGACAACAGUGAUGACAAUUCAGAUGCGGCGCGGACUACAUCUUUCUCAGUGGCCGAUAUCUUGGAUCCAAGGAAAUUCACAGGGUGUUCGACAACGGAAAAAUCUCGAGUAUGGACGCCAUGGAAAGACCGGAAGCGCCGACUGACGGACACUACCGAAAGCACAUCAGAUGACGACAGAGGUGCAGGGACAGGAAACACAGAGAAGGCCACUGAUUUGUCCUGUAAAAGUAGAAUGAGUUGCGAUGAAGACGAUGACCUGCGUCAUGAUGAUGAAAUGGAUGACGAAGAUGAUAUGUUAAGUGAUAGUGAAGACUGUUUAGACCAAAAAUGUAAAAACUUGGACUCCUCAAAGGCUGGUAAACCACGUCGAGCGAGGACAGCAUUCACAUAUGAACAAUUAGUGGCUUUAGAAAACAAAUUUAAAACAACUCGAUACCUCUCUGUAUGUGAAAGACUCAACUUAGCGCUUUCAUUGAACCUUACGGAAACCCAAGUGAAAAUCUGGUUCCAAAAUCGCCGCACCAAGUGGAAAAAACAGAACCCAGGAAUGGAUGUGAACAGCCCCACGGUGCCAGUUUCUUCCAGUGUGUCGACAUUUUCUUCUCCGUAUGCCAGUCUGUAUGGACAGGGGCUUCAUCCGUACCUUCCUAGUCAUAAUUUGAUGGGGGCUUUAGGACUCCUCAGGGCACACCCCGCCUAUGGCGGCCAGAAUCACCCCAUGUACUACCCUUACUUAGGACAAAGCACGUAAUCAAUUGCUGGUUAUCGUAAAAGUUGUAAAAACAUAUGUUGUUGGAUAAAUUAUUUCCUCUUUGAUGUGGCUCAGAUUGGCUUUUGCGGUUUUUUAAAAAAAAAUGUUUAAACAGAGAAAAGGAACCAUGGAAAAUAUUUUCAGCAUUAUUGACUGUGUGACACUCUCAGAGUGAUACCAACGUUCCCCGGGGUCGAUUUUUGCUUUCGUGUUGUAUAACGGUGCAUAAAUAUUUAUUUACAGGACUCAUAAUUAUGACGAUUGGUCACGAAGGAAAAGUUAAUAAUUGUACUGAUUCUAAAGUAGAUAUUUAUAUUUUCAUGUAUAUAUGCUAGAGAUAACUUUAUUGUAAAUAAAGUGAAUGUUUUACAAGUUCA